GAGGCGGUGCUGAAAGAACGAGAGAGACAGGGGGAGGGACAGAGUGAGGGUGAGGGCGAGAGCACAGGGGACAAUGACACAGUCAAACAGCUGAGAAAGAAAGUUAAGAAACUACAGGCAGCCCUGGAAGAUAAAGGAACAGAAAAAGAGGGCGAAAAGGAGGACGGGGGAGGGGGAGAGUGAGACAGUGAGGAGCCUCAGGGAGAGGGUGAGUGAGCUUGAAGCCGACCUGGCAGAGAGCAAGGAGUCAGGGAAAGCGGAGGAAAGGAGAGAGGGUGUGGUAAAGCAAGAAGGGGAGGUGGUGUGGAGGCUGCAGGGGCGUGUGGGGGAGCUGGAGGAGGAGCUGAGGCAGUGUGUUCCCCGUUCGGAGCUGGACGAGGUGCAGGUGACCCUGGGUCUGCAGUGUGAGCAGCUGGCCAGGGAGAGAGCUGAGGCCAGCCUGAGACUGAACGAGGCUUUACUGGAGCUGGAGAGACUACGCCCCCCCAGCCCCACACACCACCAAGGAGACGACGAGGAGGAGGAAGAGGAGGAAGAUAGGUCUGAGGGGUCAGAGCCCUCCAUCACAUCAGAGCCCUCCCUGAGACGGGUGAGAGAGGAACUGGAGGUGGCUAGGCAGGAAGCAGCUCAGGCUCUGGACUGUUUGUGUGCGGAACGCGAGGGCCGGGCCCAGGACACCCUCCACAUGAGAGACGCAGUGUCCCUGUCCCAACACGCAGAGGCGCUGUCGGCCCUGUCGGAGCAGCUGGCGCAGACAGCCCAGGAGCUGCAGGCAGAAAGGGCCCUGCGAUGCCAUGCCCAGACUGAGACGGCUAGGCUAGAGGCCCAGCUACAGGCCACACAACAGGACCUUAUAUCCAGGGAGGAGCACAAUAAAGUUAAGUUGGAGCUGCAGCGCGCUCUGCAGGCCAGUGAGAGCAGUGCGGCGGAGGCCAAGGAUGCUCUGAGUGUGAAGGAGACAGAGCUGAGAGACAUGAGGUCCCAGAAGGCUUUGGAACAGGGCCUGGUGUCCAAGGAGGACCACGAGUCCCAGCGCCUCUCACUGCAGGCCGAUAUCAACACACUCACCGCCCGAUUCAACGACCUCACACGCAAACAUGAGAAGACCUGCACCGAGGUAUUCCAGGUGCAGCGGGAGGCUCUGUUUAAUAAGAGUGAACGUCAGGUGGCAGAGGCUCAGCUGGCCACGGCGCAACAGCAGCUGGCUGACCUGCAGGCCCAGUCCAGCCACGUCCAGGAGCUCCACAAAGACAUCCAGGACUCCCAGGGCCUGGUCAAGGAGAAGGACCGCAAGAUAAUGGAGCUGUCUAAGGAGGUUUUCCGUCUGAAGGAGGCUCUGGGGGCCCUGAGUCCUCCUCUGGGACUCUCCUCUUCCCACUCCUCUCACUCCCACUCUGAGAGGGUCCCCCCUGUGAACCCUGGCCAGCAGGUGGCGCUGCAGAACAGAGUGGCUGUACUCUCCAAGGAGCUCCAGGAUUGGGAACGAAAGCACAGACAAGUUGUAGCUGUAUACCGAUCCCAUCUACUGGCUGCUGUACAGGGCCGGAUGGAUGAGGAGGUCCAAGAGCUCUUACUGCAGAUCCUGAGGAUGUCACACAAGGACCAGGGUUACUGACCCCCACAGGCAGUGUGCUCCCUGUGCAAUGCAAGACACAACGGGCUAUGGGACCCACCACUGUACUAUACCCUCUACUAACUACAGUAUAUGUACACACUUACUGAAAGCAACGGGUCUGUUCUGCAUACAGUACAUGUAGCCUUGGAAAGACAGAGGUUAGCCCCUUCAUGACUAGCGUGGAACUGGAUAGACAUGGACAGGUAUGGUUUUCUGGUAUCGGAAAGAUAAAUAUAUUUAUAGAUAAUUACUUGUAUUGAGUAACAAGAAUGUAUCUCUUGUCUGAAUUGUGUGAUGAGCCUACUGAUUGAAUAUAUUUUGUAUGAUAUUCUUACAAUAAAGACGUAGAAAGAAACCAAAA